AGCAGCCGCGUCGGUAGUGCUCCUUGGAGUUGUCGCUCGCAAUCCUCGGUUUCUCUUCCGUGAUGGCAGUUGUCCACAACCGGACCUCCCCUGGGUCACGCCGCCCCUGCCGCCUACACCCACUGCCGCGCCGCACGCCGCUGGAUCUCCACCCCCACCCUCCCCGCUCCACUAGAUCCCCGCACGCCGCACCACCCCCGGCCAUGGGCGCUGGCUACCCGCCUCCCCCUCCACCAGCUCCCCCGGAUCCCCGCACCACCCGGCCAUGGCGAUGGCUGCUCCCCCCGCUGGGAAUCCCCGCUCCUCCGGCCAUGAAGGGCUCCUCUAGCUCCGCGGUCGUGCACUCCAGCACCGACAGCCACGGUCGUACUCGUGUAAUUCAACAGCGACCCCACCAUCGGAUGGGCGGCCAUGGCAUGCCGACAUGCCGUCCCAGCGCAAGUCCUUUUCUCUGUAUCUUGACCCCGGACCAUUUUUCCUGUAUCUUCAAAUUGGCUCUCUCCCCUCUCUUUUUUGGAUUUCACGCUUCUCUUUCCUCUUCAACUGUUCGUGACCUUCCUCCCAGGUCUGCUUCCGCAUUUUUGGUUGGUGAAGCAUACCAUCGUUCUUUGUUUCAAUCCAAAUCAGACAUGGGUCGGUCUCGCGCGCGAGCACGGCAGCCCCUGAGCAACAUUUCGAUGCUCGCACUUCCUAGGAACCAGGAGCCCCACGACCGCUUCCCUUUCUUCAGCUCGCUGCCGAGCGUCUCCAGCCAAGACGUGACAUUGAGAGAUGGCCAUGGCCGCCCGAUGUCGGAGCGCCGCCGGCCAAGGACCCGCCGGCAUCUAGACCCCCUCCACGCCAUCUCCAUCUCACCGGAGACCUGCACCAAGUCCCAUCCAGCGCCUUCGCCACCCUUCGGCCCCCGCCCCGUAGCUCUGCAGCCCGAGCGCUUCAACCGACUUGUGCCUGAAGCAGAGGAGAGGAGCUCCCUGCCACGAGCCUCUCCGGCGUUGGCAAACCAGCAGGCUGACCCCGCCUCCUACCUUUUUUUCCGCCGCGACGCAUCACCCCUUCGCUGUCUCCUACGGCGUGGACGCCGACGGCAAGUGGUGGCCGGUACCCGGCGGUGGAGAACGCGGUGAAGCAGUUUAAUUAAGGAUCGCGGGUAGGAUUGUAACUAAUGCAGGGUUGUUUUUGUAAAAAUGAAGCAUUUUCUGAUAUACCCACUUAAAAUAGGAUGGCGGGUUGAAUUCUAAUAAAUGGAGGGACUUUUCUGCAAAAAGGCUGACGACGUACGGGCAGAAACCCAUUUUUGUUUAUUAUUAGGUAAAGAUAUACAUGUUAUUCUUCUGUA